ACGACAUCGCGUCGCGCCUUCGAAACUAAGCCAGACCCCGCGCCUCAGCAUUGAAGCCGCGUAAAGCAACCCAUAGGACGCCAUGUCGACGUCCUCAGCAGCGCCCGAGUCAUGGAUCUCCAGCUUCUGCUCCCUAAUUGGACAUGAAUAUUUCGCGGAGGUCUCAGAGGAGUUCAUCGAGGAUGACUUCAACCUCACGGGAUUGCAGACACAGGUGGCCAUGUACAAAGAGGCAUUGGAGAUGAUCCUGGACGUGGAACCCGAGGAGGACGAUGAAGAUGAGGAAGAGGAGGAUGAAGAAGACGAGAGUUUAAUCGGCGAGGGCGGCGAGGUAGCCGGACGCGAAAGAAGACAUCAUAGCAGGAUGGCCAGUGACCUUUCGGUUAUCGAGUCCUCCGCAGAGAUGCUCUAUGGGCUUAUUCAUCAACGGUUUAUAUGCUCCAGGGCGGGCAUGCAACAGAUGAGCGAAAAGUACGAGUUGGGUCACUUUGGCGCCUGUCCGCGAACAAACUGCAUGCAGGCCAGGACACUACCGGUCGGGCUGUCGGACAUUCCAGGCGAGGAGACGGUGAAGCUGUUUUGCCCUGCCUGUCUCGACGUGUACGUUCCGCCCAACAGUCGGUUCCAAACGGUUGACGGCGCCUUCUUUGGGAGGACGUUUGGCGCUCUCUUUCUCCUCACAUUCCCCGACUACGAUCUCACAAAACGAGGAGCAGACGUCAUGCAGGACAUCACCUCUCGGAUUUCCGGACACCCGGAGAUUCUGAAUGGCUUCUUUGCUAAGAACAUAGCUCCCGGACUUGGAGCUGGUCACGUGUACGAGCCCAAGAUAUACGGCUUCAGAGUCUCGGAGAGAGCGAGGUCAGGGCCGCGCAUGCAGUGGUUGCGCGAGCGUCCGGGAAACAUCAACGAACUGGACGAGGCUCGCUUGUUUGCUGAGCAGAACCCCGAGUCAGAGGACGAUGAAGGGGCCAACACGAAUGGGAGGGUGGCGGUUGUGAGACGACGAGCCCCUGGCAAUGCUCGCUUACGCCAGCGCCAACAGCAGCUGCAGCAGCAAAGGCAGAAUGGGAGUCCCAUGGCGUUGUCGACCAAUGGGGCCGAAUCGGAGCUGUAGAGUAGGAAGACCAGGCGUCGUCAUCGCAAGGCUACCCAUAGGGUUGCCUCGAGCCGAGACCUGCUGCACGCGCCCAUUGACGCAUUGCCGGGGCGCAAGGACCAUUGAACGGAGCUUGGGUGGUUUGAAGAGUGGUUGCAUAGAUGGCGUUGGCUCAUUCAAAUUCUUACAGAACUCGUUUCUCAAGGCCCGUGGCCAU